UGGGGAGACCUUACAGUGGACAGGGACGUCAGGAAGAAUUGACUGGUGCCGAAGAGAAUCUGGCCGGGGUGAGGGAGCAUGCUAGUGGUCGGGUCAUUGAUAAGGAAGGAGGUGUAGAUCCCAAAAGUAUGAAUAAUUACCCGGCUGCUGUGGUGAUAGAUAAUGGCUCCGCCGUGCUGAAGGCAGGCUUGGCCGGGAACAGGGAGCCACAGUUCACCUACGCCAACAUCACAGGCCGGGGCAAGAGCAAGGCCGGGGCCUCAGAAAGCUCACAGAGGGAUCUGUUUGUAGGUGAGGAAGCCCAGGCCAGGAGAUGCUCUCUCUCCAUCAGCUAUCCAGUGGAACGGGGCCUUGUCACCUCCUGGGCAGACAUGGAGGCCAUGUGGAAGAAUGUUUAUGAAAAUAACUUGAAAAGGAAGGCCUACGAGAGCCCAGUUAUGCUCACAGAGCCAGCGCUAAACCCUCUGGCUAACAGGGAAAGGAUGACUGAGUUAUUCUUUGAGAGUUUUGAGGUGCCCGCUCUGUACGUCUCCAUCCAGCCUGUCCUGGCCCUCUUUGCCUCAGGUUAUACAACGGGGUAUGUGCUGGAUUCGGGUGCCGGUGUAUCCCAGUGUGUGCCCAUCUUUGAAGGUUACUGUCUCCCUCACGGUGUCCUUCGGCUGGACUUGGCCGGGCGAGAUCUCACCGAGUAUCUUAUCAAACUCCUCCAAGACCAUGGUAUUAUGCUGCUCAGCCCAUCUGACAAAAAGGUGGUCACUAACAUCAAAGAGAACCACUGUUACGUGGCUGUCAACUUUGAAGAGGAACUGACCAAGAAUCCCAGCAUGUUGGAGAAAAUGUAUAAAUUACCUGAUGGGAAGACCAUCAAACUCCACGAUGAGAUGUUCCGAUGCCCAGAGAGCCUUUUUCUUCCAGGGCACCUGAAUCUGGAGGCUCCUGGCAUCGACAAGCUCUGUUUCAAUAGCAUAAUGAAGUGUGACACAGAUUUAAGGAGCAACUUCUUCUCCAAUAUCAUCCUUGCCGGGGGAUCCACCUGUUUCCCUGGUUUAGACAAGAGGCUAGUAAAAGAACUGGCUCUCAUGGUACCUGCCAACACUUCGGUGAGGGUUUCUGCCCCACCGGACAGGAAAAUAUCCGUGUGGAUGGGAGGUUCCAUCCUCGCUUCUUUAUCAGCCUUUCAGGAUAUGUGGAUCACUACUGCAGAAUUUAAAGAGGUUGGAGCUAACAUAGUACAUCAGCGAUGCUUCUGAAAAUCAUUACUGAUAAGAUGCUAAGGGAAAAAAUUGUGUGUGUGUGUGUAUGAAAGAAAGAAUAUGUGAAAAAGUGGGGAUGGGGAGAAGGAGAGACAGGAGGAGGAGGAGAGAGAGAUUGAGAGACAGAGAAAUUGAAUAAUCAAAAGAGAGAGAAUUUGAAGAGAUAUUUACCUAAUUUUUUUUCUGGAAGAGCAGAAGACAUUUUAAGUAUGUCUUUGCUCUAAUUCCAUAAUAAACCACUGAAGGGAAAAAAA